AUGUCCGACUCACCCCAAUCCCCUCCCAAGGAUGUCGACCAAGGCGCUCAGUCGCCCGACGAUGAAGGCCAGAUGAAUGAUCCUCAGGACCCACAUGCCGGCGGCCACGCGUAUGAGUUUGAUGUCAAGGAGCAGGACCGGUGGUUGCCCAUAGCCAAUGUUGCUCGUAUCAUGAAGACGGCGCUUCCAGAAAACGCCAAGAUCGCAAAGGACGCCAAGGAGUGUAUGCAAGAAUGUGUUAGCGAGUUCAUCUCUUUCAUCACCAGCGAGGCAUCUGAAAAAUGCCAUCAAGAAAAGAGGAAGACCGUCAACGGAGAAGACAUCUUGUUCGCCAUGACCUCUCUCGGCUUUGAGAAUUAUGCCGAGGCUCUCAAGAUCUACCUCUCAAAAUAUCGCGAGCAAUCUCAAUCAAAUCGCGGUGACAACCAACCAGGGCGCCCGGGUAGCCAGGGAUACGGUGCAAGUGGCCCUGGUGCCGCAGGAGCCCCAGGUGGCUUCCAAGGUGAUGUGAAUGAGGCCGGCGAAGGGUACAUGUACAGCCAGCCCGCACACAAUGGCGCUGCUGGGGAUGGCUAUUAG